UGUAAACUUUACAAAUGUCAGGUAUUUUGACUGAUAAAAUGGCUACAGCCCAAGAUGUAUCAAAGGAAGAAAAUACAUCCGUAAGAGACACAAAUCAAGAAGAAAAUUCAAGCGAGAACGAAGACGAUAUACCGAACAUUUAUGAGAAUAUUGAACCAGAUGACUGCUUUCACGUGGAUUUCUGUUCUGGUAUCGACUUACUUGGUUCUUCUCUUCAACUGAGAGACGAGUACGAUGACAUUGAGAGUAUGUGGGCACCAAAUGAAGAUAAUCGCGACGAUGUCAAAGCUGCCUUUAUUAAGGCUGCAGAAACGGUAGGAGAGACCAACUUCACAGAGGGACUGGUUUGGUUGGCGAGUGGUAGCUACGCAGAAUCGAGUUUCUUUAGUGUAAUUUACGAAGCUAGUGAAGCUGAAUGUCAGCAUAAGAUAUUUGGAGACAAUUAUUCCGGUAUUGGUGAAAAACAUUUUGAAGAAUAUGUGAAAGAUAGUAAAGCAAAAAGAAAAAUGCAGACACUGUUGAUGAACGUAAAUGAUUAUGAUUACAUGAUUACACCCAAAUCGCUAAUAUUAUCUGACACGGACUGCGUUCUGAGAAAAACAGACACUCCAGGGUUCGUGAAGUUGCAGCUUUUGAAUGGUGAUAUAACAAAUGCUUGGAUGGAUUGCUGUUUUACAUCAGACCAUUGUGAUCAAGUAUUUGUCUCUCCAACCCUAGUCAAGAAAAAACUUGAAAGGAUUUUUAACCAGAUGGAGAAAGAUGGCCCUUUCAUUGUUAAGCAAGGAAGUGUUGCCUUUCAAAUUGCUCACCUUAGCAAUGUUUUAGCAGGAAUUCGUUUCUAUGACAUUGUCUUUGCUGUAAAAUGCAAUUUUUGGGCCAGUAUGGCUUCAAAAUGGAUCACUAGAUCACGAACAUGGCCGUGCAAAGAAGACAUUCAAGGUAUUGUUGACGAGGGUUUCCAUAUUGUCCCCAAAGUUAACUCCUUGAGUGAGGACCCCCUGGAUUGGCGUGUUUCAUUUUCUCAAGCAGAAGUGAGCUUGACCAAUUUACCAUUAGUGUAUCAUUAUGGUAUAAUCCAUUGGCGUAUUUUGAAAUCAUUGUUUUCAUGUCAUUUACAAUUACAAGCUCAUCCCCAGCUGAUUACAUCAUACACUCUCAAAACUCUAUUUCUGUAUGCAUUAGAAAGGAUCGAGUAUGAUCACUGGCUCAACAAAGAGCAUCUACUUAAAUCAAUUUUAGGUAUCUUGGAUGACUUGGUGGUUUGCUUGGCCAGACAUAAUUGUCCGCAUUAUUUCAUCCCAGAGAUAAACUUAUUUGAUUAUCAAAUACCUCAUGUUGACUUUUAUCCACUGGUUGCAGAACAAGUGCUUUCAUUGCGUAAGCAAGUUGCUGAGAAACCAGGGAAAAUGGCAUUUGGAGACGGUUAAAUGCGUGCAAUGUAGCUAGGACUAACAAAAUGUUUACUGUAGACUUGUAGACAAACUUAAAAUUAACUUAUACUAACAUUUCCAUUGGAUAAUUCGAAUAUCGGAACACCCGGCCACACUCAUUGAAAAUAUAAUUGCUAUCCAGCCUAGUAGGUUAUCUGUCGCUCUAUCCUAUCAAUCUGACUAUAAUAAAACAAUAAUCACAUUA